AUGGGCAAUAUAUUCGGGCGGAAGAGACGGAGCCGGUCACCGAGCAGGACAAGGCCGUGCUGCAAACUGAAGCAGCAGAGGGACAAGCUGAAGCAAUAUCAGAAGAAGAUCGCCCUCCAACUGCAACGUGAGCGGGAACUGGCCAAACAGCUUCUCCAUGAUGGCAAGAAAGAAAAAGCCAAAUUGCUGCUGAAGAAGAAGAGAUAUCAGGAGCAGCUGCUGGAGAAGACGGAGAAUCAGAUGAGCAACCUGGAGAAGAUGGUGGAAGACAUCGAAUUUGCUCAGAUUGAAAUGAAAGUCAUCGAAGGCUUGAAAAUCGGCAACGAUUGCUUGAAGAAGAUGCAUGAGGUGAUGUCUAUAGAAGAGGUGGAGAGGAUCAUGGAUGAGACGCAGGAAGGCAUCGACUACCAGAGACAAAUCGAUGAACUUCUGGCUGGAAGUCUGACCAUGGAGGAUGAGGAGGCGAUUCUAGAAGAACUGGAGGCCAUCACUCAGGAAGAUGUGGAACUCCCAGCGGUGCCCACAGAGCCUCUCCCAUCCCCCACUCCAGAAGCCGUCAAGAACAAACCCAAACCACAGCUGGUGGCCGCUUCCUAA